AUGUCAAACCAAGCAGCAUGGAUCCCAGAAGCGAAGGGCCAGCUCCAGGUCAAGGAAGCUCCCAUGCCAAAGGCGAGUAAGGGCGAGGUUGUGAUUAAGAACCACGCAGUUGCUGUCAACCCCGUAGACUGGAAAAUCCAGGACUAUGGCAUCUUCCUGCAAAGGUACCCCAACGUUUGUGGUACUGACGUCGCUGGCGAGGUACACGAAGUUGGCGAGGGCGUUACACAUGUCAAGAAGGGCGACCGCGUACUAGGACAUGCGUUUUCCCUUGUCACCAACGACCCCGCGCACGGCGGAUUCCAGCUCUACACCGCCUGUAACGCGCUCGUCGUAUCGAAGAUCCCGGCGGACAUGACAUUUGCCUCGGCCUCAGUCCUACCUCUCGCUAUAUCGACCGCAGCUGCCUGCCUUUUCAAGAAGGAGACUCUCGCGCUACCCCUGCCAUCCUCCAACCCAUCAUCUACAGGCAAAUCAGUGUUGGUAUGGGGCGGCUCGAGCAGCGUGGGUGCGACGGCGAUUCAGCUGGCUGCAGGUGCUGGCGUAAAAGUCGUCAGCGUAGCGAGCAAGCACAACCUAGAGAAGCUCAAGGGUCUGGGCGCAUCAGCAGCCUUUGACUACAAGGACCCCAAGGUCGCCCAGGACAUCAUCGCCGCUCUCGAAGGCACAGAGUUCGCGGGUGUCUGCGACGCUAUCGGUACGCCAGAUGCUGCGGCUGCCUGGGCACCAGUAUACGAGAAGCUCGGUGGACGUUACGGCUCGGUCUUGCCCGAUGCGCAGGGUCUCCCUAAGGGCAUCGAAGGCACGAGUGUCUUCGGCCCAAGUGUUGCGUUGGCGGACAAGUACGUCGGCGACGUUGUCUGGGCGCAGUGGGUACCAGAGGCGCUGGAGAAGGGUACGCUAAAGGCUGUUCCAGAACCAUUGGUGGUUGGAAAGGGGCUCGACGCUGUAGCGGAGGGCUACAAGAAGCAGAAGGAGGGUGUUAGCUUCCGCAAGGUAGUGAUUGAGUUGUAA